GAGUUCGAACCAAACUUGAGCUUUAAAAUUUAUAAAUAAGCCGAGCUCGAGAUAAGCAAAAACUCGAUUCCGUUCGGUUCGGCUCGUUUGGAGCCCUAUGUCCCUACAAUAAAAACUAGUAAAAACUAGAAAAGGGUGAAAUUGGAAAGCAGAUUCAGAUCGCUAAAAUCGCAGUUUGGUCUCUCGCUUUCACUCUCACAUACAGUCUUCGCUUUCGUCUCUGGCUGGAUACUCUCGAUCUGCUGACUCGCUUUCUCGGAAAGCUGCUUUCACUUGGUCCGCUAAAGUUGCCACUCAGUUCUGUUUCCCUUUCCAUCUAUAGCAUCGCCUCCAGUCUUCUUGCCUGAAUCUUACUUUACUCGUUCAUGUCAGAAAUGGGAAGUAGAUGACUCUUCUACAGGGAUGCAGGAUUUGAUAUGUAGGAAUUUAUACUAGGAAAUUAGUUGGGAAUUGUUUUUGGAGCACUAUGGGCGGCAUUUGCUGUAAACCCUCUUCUAUAGUGGAUAACAAAGAAAGACUCUCAAGUAAAGAAUCAUCUGAUUUGAGGGUAUCAAGGGUCACAUCUUCAAGGCGGGAAGAUGAGUAUAGGCCUAAAGAUAGGUACAACAGCAAUGACGGGAGGACAAUGUUAAUUGAUAAGCAAACCGAUGGGUCAAAUAGAUUGCAGGUCAGUGAGAGUGUUGAUAAAAAGAGGGAGAGGAUGGAAUAUGCUGUUGUGCAAUAUCCAAGGAUUGGUAGCAUACCAAAAGCGAUUGAAGGAGAGCAGGUUGCUGCUGGGUGGCCUUCCUGGUUAGCUGCAGUAUCUGGGGAAGCAAUAAAGGGGUGGCUUCCUAGACGGGCUGAUUCUUUCGAGAAGCUGGAUAAGAUUGGACAAGGAACCUAUAGCAAUGUUUACAGGGCGCGUGACCUUGAUCAGAAAAAGAUUGUUGCUUUAAAGAAAGUGAGGUUUGAUAAUCUUGAACCGGAUAGUGUUCGCUUUAUGGCAAGGGAGAUCCACAUUUUGCGUAGGCUUGACCAUCCUAAUGUUAUAAAGCUAGAAGGCUUAGUUACAUCAAGGAUGUCUUGCAGCUUGUAUCUUGUCUUUGAAUACAUGGAGCAUGACUUGGCUGGUCUAGCCUCACAUCCCGGUCUUAAGUUUACUGAAGCACAGAUAUCUGUUUCUCAUCAAAGUCCUGUAAUCUUGGCAGCAAGCAUUUACGAUCCCAGUCAUAUUCAGCCGUUGACAAGCCGAGUUGUGACCCUUUGGUAUCGUCCGCCGGAGCUUCUACUUGGAGCGACAUACUACGGAACUGCUGUGGACUUAUGGAGUACUGGUUGCAUACUUGCUGAAUUAUAUGCUGGCAAGCCUAUUAUGCCUGGUAGAACCGAGGUGGAGCAGCUGCAUAAAAUUUUCAAACUUUGUGGUUCUCCUUCUGAGGAUUACUGGAAAAAGUCAAAGCUGCCUCAUGCUACUAUAUUUAAGCCUCAGCAACCUUAUAGACGUUGUGUAGCUGAUACAUUUAAGGAGUUCCCUGCGCCCGCUUUAGCACUCAUGGAGACCUUGCUUUCCAUUGAUCCUGCGGAUCGAGGAACUGCAGCUUUUGCUUUGAGGAGUGAGUUCUUUACGACAAAGCCACUUCCUUGUGAUCCUUCAAGCUUGCCAAAAUAUCCCCCGAGCAAGGAGUUUGAUGCAAAAAUGCGAGACGAAGAAGCUAGAAGACAAGGUGCAGUAGCAAGCAAGGGCCACCGACAUAACACUGAACGAAGAGGAACCAGAGAAUCUCGAGCAGUGCCAGCACCUGAUGCUAAUGCAGAGUUGGCUGUAUCUAUCCAGCAGAAAAGGCAAUGUCAGCCAAACUCUAAAAGCUGCAGUGAGAAAUUCAAUCCUCAUCCAGAAGAAGUCGCUUCUGGGUUUCCAUUCGAACCACCUAGACCAUCACACAUCGUCGAAUCAAGUGGAGAGCCCUCACAUCAACAGCAGCAUAGGCGAGGUUCUCAUUCGGGCCCACUUGCUCAGCGUGGUGCUUGGUCCAAAGCGGGUACUAGGAAUCCCUAUGAAGCUCCUAAGGUUUCUAGUGGGGCAGCUGACUUGUCAACAAUGCCUGCUGGGUUAGUGGCUGCAAGGAGAAGCUUGUUGACUGAGGACCGAAGGGAAAGAUCGGUUCAACAACAAUCGGAAGUCCCGAAACUAAUAGCACGGAAUCCUGGAUCUUUCAAGGAAUCCUCGGAGUCCUUCGGCCAACAAGAUCAGAAGCAUCACCAUUUGCAGGGUUUCACUACUGGUGCCCAUCAGAGGGAAGAUGGAAGGGCUGGCUGUGGCAAUCCUGUCCUUGUGGGGCAUGGGUCAAAGAGUCGCAAAAUCCACUACUCUGGUCCACUGGUGCCAACUGGGAACAUGGAUGAAGUACUGAAGGACCAUGACCGCCAUAUCCAGGAAGCCGUGAGACGAGCACGGAUCGACAAGGUAAAAAUUAGGAAAAUUCAGGUGGAUGGCAGUCAAAUAUCAACCAAUUCAUUAUUCGUUUCUGGUCGUUAAAAAGUUGUAUAAGGCGCUUAGAAAGCAUAGCUAGCUGGACGACCAUUUCAACCAAGUGGGUUAAGUUAAUCUUGAUUAGCUCAUUGAUAAAUUCUCAUCUCUCUUCCUAUCUGAUGGCAAGUGUAUCUAUUGUAUUUACUUACACUCUCUUCUCCGUCUCACUUAAAUAUGUAAUGUAAUGUAUAUGUUCAUGAGCUAUUCUUGUAGAGUCCAUCGUCGUUCAUAAUUGUGGAUUCCUGAAUGGAAAAUCGAUUAUGCUUCCUGGGCUAGUUUGAAUUUGCACGGUUAAUGUCGCCAGGAUCAGUUAAUGUAGUUCAGAUGAUUGAGAUUGCUG